AAACUUGUGGAUAAAAACGUCAAGUAAGGGGGGAAAGAUAAAAGGGAGAAGAAAAAGGGAAACUAAUAGUUGAGGAACAAUAGAGUUCUUCCUAAAGAAGGUGCACGCAACAUCAUGAUCACCUCUGCUCUUCCUUAUGUCAAUAAUGUUCCUCACCUGGGUAACAUCAUUGGUUCAACACUCAGUGCAGAUGUAUUUGCGAGAUACUGUCGUGCUCGCGGAUACAACACAGCUUACUUUUGUGGCACAGAUGAAUACGGUACAGCCACUGAAACGAAGGCAUUGGAAGAAGGCGUGUCAUGCAAAGAACUCUGUGACAAAUACAAUGCAAUUCAUACUGAAGUCUACAAGUGGUUUGAUCUUUCCUUUGAUCUCUUUGGAAGAACAACGACUGACCGUCAGACUGAAAUCGUUCAAGACAUGUUUAAGAAGAAUUAUGCAAAUGGUAAUGUUGUCAAGGAAUCUAUGACUCAAUUGUAUUGUGAACAAUGUCAUCGCUUCUUGGCUGAUCGUUACGUCGAAGGUAUCUGUCCUCUCUGUCAAUACAAUGAUGCCCGCGGUGAUCAAUGUGACGCAUGUGGAAAAUUGCUCAAUGCAACUGAGCUCGUUGAGCCUCGCUGUAAGCUUGACGGCAACCGACCUAUCUUGAAGGAAUCCAACCAUCUGUUCCUCGACUUAACCAAGCUCCAGCCUGCCAUUGAAGAAACAUUUAAGCAAUCCAGCACUGAAGGUGGAUGGUCUGCCAACGGUAUACACAUUACUGAAUCUUGGUUAAAGGAAGGAUUGAAGCCUCGAUGCAUUACCCGUGAUCUUAAAUGGGGUGUACCUGUUCCUCUUGAAGGAUACGAAGACAAAGUGUUCUAUGUCUGGUUCGAUGCACCUAUUGGCUAUCCAAGCAUUACAGCCAACUACACGGACGAAUGGGAAAAGUGGUGGAAAAACCCCGAACAGGUCAAGUUGUACCAAUUCAUGGGCAAGGACAAUGUUCCAUUCCACUCUGUCAUCUUCCCUGGUGUUCAAAUCGGUACUGGCGAGAAAUGGACCAAGGUGAAUCAUAUCAGUACUUGUGAAUAUCUCAAUUACGAAGGCGGUAAAUUCUCCAAGUCGCGUAACGUGGGUGUGUUUGGCAACAACGCCAAGGAAACGGGCAUUCCUCCUUCCGUCUGGCGUUACUAUCUUUUGUCAGUUCGACCCGAAUCCAGUGACUCCAUGUUCACAUGGAGUGAAUUCAUUACCAAGAACAACAGUGAAUUGUUGAACAACUUUGGUAACUUUGUUAACCGAGCUAUUCGUUUCAUCUUUGCCAAAUACGACGGUGUUAUUCCCAAGGCAGACUUCAAUGGCCAAUUAGAAAUAGAUUUAUUCAAGGAUGUGAAUGCUCUUUUGAAGCAGUUCGUUGAGCAAAUGGAAGCUGUCAAACUCCGAGCUGCACUCGGUACCGUCAUGGCGCUCUCUGCUCGUGGCAAUCAAUACCUUCAAGAAGCUAACUUGAGCAAUGCCUUAUUUGAUGAAAGCCGACCUAAAUGUGACGCUGUUGUUGCAUCUGCCGCUAACCUGAUUUACCUCUUAUCAGCUUUGGUUUCACCCUUUAUGCCCGCGACUUCGGACAGUAUGUGUCGUCAAUUGAAUGCACCUGCUCGUAAUAUCCCUGAUCAGUUCACUUUGGAUAUUCUUCCUGGCCAUGUUUUGGGUGGUGCAGAAUAUUUGUUUACCAGAAUUGACGAAAAGAUGGAACAAGUGUGGAAGAGCAAGUACGGCACAGGUGCUUAAAACAUAGAAGGAAAAGAAAAAGAAACUUUAUUAUACAUCAUGAAUGUGCUUUUUACAUUUUUAUAUAUAAAAAAACUCUACUUGAAUGUGGGCG